AUGUUACGUAGGGCGGAUGUGUUAUGUAGGUCGUACAAUAGCUGCCAGGGCCCCUGGUAACGUAUAUACCGUAGAAUACUUUUUAUUCGUUGGUGGCAAAGUGUGGAUGUAAUAACGCGUGUGAUAAGAAGAGUAUCAACAUUGUUAUUUUGUCAUUGUUUUUCCAUUAUAUAGCAGUAUUUGAGCCAGCGCAGUUGAUGUAUUGACGUGCUUCUACACACACGUCGUCACCGCAGUUAGUAGCUCUACUGAUGACACUGGCUACACAGUGUACGCAGCCGCGAUGCCUGGGAUGUAUCUGGUGCUAGUUUUUGGAUAUUUUAUUCGUGUUCAGUGCCUGGAUAAUGAAUCCGAAUACAGGAGGGAUAUUCUUGAGGCACAGUGCACAUCCAGAUGUCUUGAACUGUAUGGGGAUACGAAUCCAUAUCCUACAAGUAAACUGUACAACGUUUAUACAGCGAAAGAUUGCUGGAAUUCCAACUGUAAACAAUGUACAAACUCUUGUGAGGACAGUGCUAAAAGCCAAAAGAACAGAACAUGUGACGAUGUUUGUGAAUCUGCGAUUGUUCCGAAUGUUUGUCACCUCGCUUGUGAUUUUUUCACAGUACAAAGGACAAAUGCUGAUAACGGAAUUGUCAUGGACGACACAUCUCGGAUAACAACCUUUGACCCGGCAAUUGUCUGCAUGUACACAGAGGACAGUAGGAAAGCAGGCAAUCCUCACGUGGCAACUGUGUAUCUGAGGUGGGACAUGUACAAAACCGACUUAAGUGAAAUGCCACAAAUGCAGUUCAUCAUAUCCCUGCAGCGCUAUUCUAACACCUCUAAUGAAUCCCCAUGGGCUUCAAUAGGAAAGACGAGCUCAUCAUUUCUGCCAAUACGAAAUUUGACGUUGAAUACAACUUACCGCUUCAAAGUGACAGCUGUAUCAGAGAAAGGGUUGGUAGAUGAUGCCAAGAUGACGGAGUUUGUUACAACACUCGCUGACAACCAUAUCCCGAUUCCUCCGGAAAAUGUAGAAAUUGAAAUGCAGACAUACUACAAACAGGCGGUCAGUGCGAAGAUCAGCUGGAGUGCUGCUAAAGAUAAAUCCUGCUUCUACAAAAUAUAUUGGCUGCCGUCAUGCAAGCAAAGUAAGAUAGCAGACUUCGUUGAAGAGGAGAUAAAGACUCCUCCUGCCUUCGUAUAUUGGAUGAAUCGACUCCAGUUUGACUGCAACUACACUGUAAGCAUAUACAGUUUUCCCACGCCAUUGUUUACCGGCGGCAGUAAGGUCACCAAGAUGUCCUUUCAAACAUUACAGUGCCUGAACGCUACCAACUUCAAUUACACAGUCUGUAAACCAGAAGAGCCACAAAACAUCUCAGCGAUUGAAAAGAUCCCGUAUAUGACUGAGGGCGUGCAAAGAGGAAACACAACGUUUACGUGGGAACCCCCGCCUCAUGCCGGGCCGAACAACAAACUGACGGGCUACAUUCUGGAGUGGUCGAAAGAAAUUCCGUUACAUAUGGGACCACUUGUGGACCCGGAUAAGGGGAGCAUAGCAUUACCUCCGAAUCUGUCCAAUUGUGUGAUUCCGGAAAUGCAUUGGAGCAGUAAAUAUCGGAUCCAGAUCCGUGCCACUUCUAUCGGGGGAACUAGUGACCCCUUCACUAUAUUUGUGGACCUCGGUGCCGUUCACUACAGUGACGAAUUGAAUAACGCAACAUCGACAACGAUUCUGGAUACGUCUGAAAAUAAAGUAUUUAUUGGCUCUACAGUCGCUGUGUUGAUACUGAUCCUAACAGCUGCCAUACUCAUUUUCCGUUAUCUCCAUCGAAAGAAACGUCCAUUACGUGUUAAACGGAUCAGCAGAACGGAGGAAACCAAUCCACUUUAUGACAACUCCUAUGCAAGUAAUGGGGUUGAUGUUCCUAUCAUUCUGGAUGAAUAUGAAGUCGACUUUUCGAUGCUGCUGCUUUUAAACUCUUUGGGAGAAGGUGCUUUUGGAAAGGUUGUCAAGGCAGAGCUAGUGAUUCCUAGGAAAGACGGAAAGGAUGCACAGAAAGUCAUCGUGGCAGUGAAGAUGUUGAAAGAUCAUCCAGACGUUGUUGAAAAGCGGAGUCUUUUGAAGGAGAUUGAAGCCAUGAAACAGUUAGGACAUCAUCAGAAUAUCGUUAGCAUUAUUGGAUGCUGUACAAAGAAUAAUGAACAGAUCUGUCUUAUAAUGGAUUACUGUCCACUUGGCGAUUUGAGACAGUACCUACAUCAGUUAAGACCACGGACACAGUACCAGGCUUCGUCAGGGCAAAGGCAUGAAGACAGCGGUAUGUUCUCCAAUAUGACUGAGGAUACAAAUGAACCUGACACGCCGCCGAUCACACAAGCUCGGUUAUUGUCCUACGCUCGACAGAUUGCUAUGGGGAUGGAAUACCUGGCUGAGAAGAAAUAUGUCCAUCGAGAUCUAGCUGCUAGAAAUAUCUUAAUGUUUGAUUUUGAUCGUCUAAAGCUGUCAGAUUUCGGCCUCACACGUGAUGUAUACGAGACAAAUAUGUAUCAGCCGACAUCAGCCAGAAAACUUCCUUAUAAGUGGAUGGCCUUAGAAGCAAUAUAUGACCAGAUCUUUACAACGAAAUCCGACGUGUGGUCGUUUGGAAUUGUUCUUUGGGAAAUUGUGACUUUGGGAGGUAGCCCAUACCCUGGAAUUCCGAAUGAGGACUUGUUUCGGCUGUUAAAGGACGGAUAUAGAAUGGAAAAUCCAGGAAAUUGCAGUACUGACAUAUAUCAAAUAAUGUUGUCGUGUUGGCACCCGAGACCCCACAGUCGACCUUCCUUUGUCGACCUACGACAAAAACUAGAGGCAAUGCUGGAGGCUACAAAGGCCUAUAUCAAUUUGUCUGUCUCUGUGUCAGAUGACUACUACCGCUCAUCAGAUUCGUUCAGUAGUAAAGAAGGUGAAAAUCAAACUUGUUGCUUAAUGGAUCAAAAUUCCGAUGUUUCUUACCUUGAAGCAGAGAAAUAUGACAAGUCUUCAAUAUACAACCGGAACCUGAGUGACACUGAUAUGUCUUCUCUAAUGAACGGGGGCUACCACAGUGUCUUUGUAAAUGAACGGAAUGACGGUAUACAACAUGACUUGUGUAAUUCCAUGUGUCGAUUCUGCAAUAUUCCUAGAAGUCCACUUGCUGAUUCGAAACUUUUACCUGACAGGUCGUCCAAUUUGUAUGAAGAACCUAUCACAUUGAUGGCCUCACUCCGUGCCUCAGGAUCACAUCGGGAGCUGAGAAAUGACAGUUAGAUUGGGUUGAUAUCCAGCUAUAUUCCAAUCUGUGAUACGUUCAGUUGAAUCAUUUCUGUAUUCUGUUAUAGUUUAAGCCAAAUAAGAAUGUAAUUAACGACCGAAAAAUAAGGUCGACCACAUGACACAAAGGAUAAUUUAGCUGUUUUAAAUUUGAUUCUUACUAUUGUUGUUGUUGUUGUUGUUGUUGUUGAUGAAUAAUUAGUUUGUUAAGUUUCAUUUCAAACGUAAUAAUGAUUUUUUUUUACUGUUUUAUUUAAUAGUCGUUGACAAUAAGAGAAUAUGCUGAUUGUACAUGGGAUUUUCGAAGAUUCUUUGGUUGUUGUCCAAUAUGAAAUUAUUAAUAUAUAGACGUUAUCUUAGUGCCAGAUUAUACCAUGAUGCUCUGAAUGAGUGGGUACGCCUAAAAUAACAUGGUUUAUCACCACCAGCAUACCUGAUUUGUACCAGAAUAUUCUCAUUUUAUUUAUGUUUUAAAUGUCGUCUUCGAAAAUCACUUCCUUGUCCCCUUGGUAUCAGCAAAAAUAUACCAUGCUUUAAUUAUAUAAUAAAAUAUUAUCAAUAGCAUGUCUUCGUUACUAAGAACCGUACCUGAUGUGUAAUAUCGAUUAACGUUUUUGUGGAUGAUAGAAAUACUAUUUAUUGGUUCUUUGAUAUUGAUAAUUCGUCCCAUUAAAUCUUAAGAUUAUAGGCGUGACCAUCCGCCUCAUUAAGAUUUCAGAAGUGAUCGUUCGAUACAUUAAGAUAAUAGGAUUAUAUGUGUUAUCAAUCGCAGCAUUAAGACUUAUGGGAUUAGGUGAUCAUUCGUCAUAUUACGCUUAUACGUUGUAGGAAUAUAGAAUAGGUAAUUAGCCACACAUUAACACUAUAGGAUUGAGCAUUUUCAGCGUAACGAACAUAGGCGUGAGCAAUUUGAUUGACCAUCGCUUCAUUAGAAUUUCGCAGUGAUAUUUCACAACAUUAAGCUUAUAGGAUUAUAGAAUUAUACUAGUGAUCAUUCUCAGCAUUAAGAUUAUAAGUGAUAAUAAGAGAUAAUAGCAGUGAUCAUUCCACGCAUUAACAUAAAAGCAGUGAUCAUUCGCAGCAUUAAGAUAAUAUGAUCACAGAAUUGAUAAUUCGCCACAUUAGGUUAUAGAAUUUUAUUAUUAGGUGAUCAUUCACGGCAUUAAGAUUAUAGUUGACAUUAUAAGCAUGCUUGCAGAGAUAAAAGUAAUUUAUUUGUAUCAUCAUCCGUUUCAACAAUAAUUGUGAGUGUAUUAUUCUUAACUUUUACACCUUAUUUACAUAGGCUAGACUUGCCAACGUUCCCCUUUGAUUCAAGUCGAUAUCAUUGUGAUAGAAACAGGUCGCAAAACUCGUGUCUUUUGUAACCUAGAAAAAUCACUAACUCGAGUGAAAUCAAUUUCAUAUCAAACAAUCACUCGUUGUUUAACCUCUAUUUUUAUUAUGCUUAAAUGACGUCUUUUGUGUCCUGUUAAAUCUAUUGAACCAUAUAGUGUUUAGUCUUUUUCAACAUAAUACUAAAGUAUUUUGCCUUUUAAUGGAUUAAAAUAUGAAGACUCGUAAAAAUCAAAAUUUGUAUCUUUAUUUAUUACUUAUUUGGUGAUGUGAUUUAACUUAAGAAAUCUCGCGAGAUAGAUGAAAUCCGAGACCAAGAGAUGGUAUAGUAUUAGCUAUUCUGUUUUAUUUAUAUCGUGUUAUGUACGUCAUAGCUUCAGCAAACAAACAUAAACUUCCAAUUAUCGUAAGCUAGUUAAUUGUUGCAUGUUUUAUUUAGUCAACAUAAUUUGCUCAAUGAUGGUCGUUAUUGUUUAAUGGAAAAGUACUGACCAGUUUGUCAUAUUUCAUUCAUUUCAAAAACCGUCCACAAUGCCCUAAAAUUAAAUCCGAGAAAUAGUUUUUACGAAAGGAAUUACCUAUAUGUUCGGUUGCCAGUGUAUCAAUAAAAUGAUCGGAAAUGAAAA